AUGUUUGACCAGAAGUAUCUGUACUUUCACUCAAGAGUGAUUGCUGAUGAUGGAGAGGUGUUAGUUGCUGAGGAAAGAUCGGUCACUCUUAACUCUGGUCUUACUGAAAUGACAAAUGAUGGUGUGAUUCAGUGGAGAUUUGGGAGUGAAAACACUUUAAUAGCUGAAAUCAAUAAACAGGCCAACAGCAUGACAGUAUUUGAUGAUGUUCUUGAUGGGAGAUUCAGAGACGGACUGAAGCUGGACAAUCAAACUGGAUCUCUGACCAUCACAAACACCACAAUGAAACAUGCUGGACGUUAUGAACUGCAGAUCAACGGUGUGAUCAAGCCUUUUAAUCUUACUGUCGUCAAGGAAAUAUCAGUGAUGGAGGGAGAUUCAGUCACUCUAAACACUGGUCGAACUGAAAUGGAUUAUAAUGAGAUUCACUGGAAUUUUGGACUUACCAACACUUGUAUAGCUGAAAUAAUUAAAUGUUUUGAAAGAUUCUCUACAUUUGAUGUUCUUGAUGGGAGAUUCAGAAACAGACUGAAGCUGGAUCAUCAGACUGGAUCUCUGACCAUCACAAACACCAGAAGCACACACUCUGGACUUUAUGGAGUGGAGAUCAUCAGGAACAGGACAGUGACCACAUACAGAUUCAAUGUUACUGUCUCUGGUGUGUUUGCUGAUUCAGAUGCAGUGCAGUCAGUGUCAGUGAUGGAGGGAGAUUCAGUCUCUCUACAGACUAACUCUGAACUACAGACAGAAGAUGAGAUCACUUGGACAUUUGGACAUUCAGAGACUCGUAUAGCUGACAUCAAUACAAAGCAUAGAAUUUUCUCCACAUUUGAUGUUCUUGAUGGGAGAUUCAGAAACAGACUGAAGCUGGAUCAUCAGACUGGAUCUCUGAUCAUCACAAACAGCAGAACCACAGACUCUGGACUUUAUCAAGUAACCAUCAUCAGCAGCAUGAGACAAAUCACAAACAGAUUCAAUCUCACUGUCUCUGGUUUGUUUGCUGAUUCAGUGAAGUCAGUGUCAGUGAUGGAGGGAGAUUCGGUCACUUCACAGAUGGUGGCCAAUGAAUUUGUAGAGUGUGUGCACACCUCGUCCUCUCUCCCUACUGUUCUCUGUUCUGUCGAAUAA